AUGCCGUUGAUUUGUCUUCUGACGGCCGCCGAUCUCACGCAGCAGUGUGAGCAAGCGCCGCAAGUGGCGAACUCCAUGCUGGUCCUGGAUUGGGACAACGAACGAGCACAGGACCUGUUGAACUUUAUGUCACGCUGCCAACUGGGCUUCUUCGUGAACGACAUGCGGGUCUCGCCGGCGGCGGUGCCGCGGAAGGAUGGACCCAGCGAGCCAAGCGGGCCAUUGAGCCAAGGCUUGAGCCAAGGCAAAGAAGUCGUGGCUAAGCAAGGCAGCAAGUCCAAGCUGGGUGAAGUGAGAAGCCUUCUUCAGAAGAGGUAUCACAACUCAGAGAUGAGACCCGAUGAUCUCGAUGACCACGAGCGGCUGCCGAAGGAGACGGAGGCUUGGCCUCAACUCUUCCCUCCCGCCAAUGCCACCGCUCAGCUGCGGCAUGACACGGAGAAAGCCGCAGCGGUGGCGAUGCAAGCAGGGGAUUUCACCAACGCCAUCAACGUCUAUACCGAGGCGAUGAAGAAAGGCGGCUCCAAUCCCCAGAUGCUUUGCACCCGUGCUGCCUUACUGCUGAAGAUGAAGCGGCCCUGCGCGGCGCUCCGCGACUGUUCAGCGGCCUUAAAGAUCAACAAUCACAUGGUGAAGGCCUACCGCUUGCGCGGCAUGGCGCACCGUCGCUUGGGCCAUUGGAAGAAAUCCUACCGGGACCUCACUGAGGCCCAACAUCUCAAGUUCGACCCAGACACCUCGGAGAUGCACAAGCUCGUGGCGGGCAAGUUAGGGGUCACGCUCACCGGGCCGAAGGGCACCGAGGCAGAGCGGAAGAAGAAGAGGCCUCGAGAGUCACGGUCGCCGCCGCCACGGAUGUCAGUGCCGGAUCCGAUCAUCCCCGAGAUCUACUUCCCUCCGCCGGUGGCUGCACCGGAGCAGCCUCUGGAGAAGGGACAAGCUGUGCUCCUGGUAGGCCUUCAAAAGGCUCCGCACCUCAAUGGUCGAAGAGGGGUGGUGGAGCGCGAGGAUCCACGGCCCGCGUCCAAAGGACGAUGGGAGGUGGAGAUCCGAUUGGAUGGGGGACUCUUAGAGGUGAAAAGCAUCAAGAGAGAGAAUAUCCAGACCCUCAACAAGGUGGAUCGAGAAGCCUGCAAGGCUUGGGGCAAAGCAGAAAAGGCCCAUAAAGAAGCCAGGGAGACGCGAGAGCAGCAGGAGGAGAUCCAGAAGUACCGCAAGGUGGUGGAGGCGAAACUCUCGAAGUUGGAUAUCUCGGACAAAGCCAAGAACCUCCUGCGGACCUUGGGACCUGAGCAAUCCCUGAGCGUGCUGGAUCGCUGCGAGGGCCCGGGUGUCGCGGACCUCAGUAGCUUCGUUGUAACCCAGGCGAAGCUGUUGCUGGGGCAAGACGACUCGGACUCCGAGAAAGAAGGGGAGCCGGAGGCGAAGAAGGCGAAGGAAGUAUGA